CGCAUCUAAAAUUUUAGAGAUCCGUUCAUAUUAUACAAUAGAUGAUGGUUUACUUGGAUGAAAUAAAACCUGCUUUAGUUUUGCCUGUGUUUCUUAUGGUAACUGGAUUCAUUGGUAAUCUUCACGUGCUUUUCGUAUACACUUUUCGGCUUAAACCUUCCAACCACGGGAUCUAUAUUCGUUUUCUUAGUGUUCAGGAUACCAUUGCGUGUGUACUUCUUAUCCCCACACAGAUCUACAUUUUCUCCAAUUUAUGGACAUAUGGGAAUGAAUUUACAUGCAGAAUUUAUUCAUUUGGUUCAUCUUUAAUUCAUACUGCAACUGCUUCUACACUACUUUUAAUUGCCACAGACAGGUAUCGAAAAAUAUGUUGUCCGCUUGGAUGGCAAAUAAAAAGAAGAAUCGCUAAGUUGUUAUGCAUUAUUGUUCUGAUUUUCGGCUGUUUUAUUUCAUUGCCGUUUUUAGUAUUAAUAGAACCAAAAACGAGAGAAUUAAACAAUGUUACUACCACAAGGUGCGGUGAUAGAUCUAUGAAAUAUGAACAAUAUUAUCUUAUUACAAUGGCUACCAUAUGUGUUGGAUUAUUAUGCAUCCUUAUUUGUCUCUAUGUGUUGAUUUUUAAAUCAGCACCGAAAUAUUACCUAAGAGUCAACAUAAAAGACACUGAGAAAAAUACACAAGGUACAAACAAAAGUUCCGAAGCACAGGAAGAGUAUGCAUCUAGAGAAAUUAUGACACCACCUGGAGAAGAUAUUAUGCAGCCAUCCGACUACCGAAAACCGCAAGACAAUUUCAAUUUCGAUCCAAAUGCAAAGGAACAACAAUCGACCAAUUGUAAUACCAGACAAACGUGUACGGAAAACUGUAAUGUCGAUUCAAAAAGAUCAAACAGGGCAAAGAAAAUGAUAACUCUUUUCAUCUUGAUAACUGUUCUGUAUUUCAUUAGCUAUAUUCCAUUUCUGGCUGGAAGAAUAUUUCGUUCUCAUGAACUGUUAACUCCGUCUUUGACAACUGGAAUUGUAUACACUGUACUUCAGUUGUCUAUUUUUAUCAACAGCGCGGCAAAUUGUUUCAUAUACAGUUGUUUCGAUACUCGUUUCAGAAAUGAGAUAGGCCUUAUGUAUAAAACACUACGGUACAAGUUCAAACACUGAGGCAGCCAUACUGGCAGUAUCAAGUAUGCUAAGUGUAACUUGUAGCAUAUGGUUUGUAAUAUUUUGUUAAGAUCAAAUGCAGUUACAGAAAGAAGGAAAAGUAGAAGUAUCUAUCAAAAACAUCAUGGUCAACUGUAUAAGAUUGAGUACAACAAGUGGAAAAGACAUUUGUAACGACAGCGAACAAGUGUAUAGAUCUAUUUGAAAUAUUAUAAGUAGUAUUCCAUGAAACUAUCGAAUGCAACGGAAACAGAUAAACCUGUCAAACUAUCGAUUGCAACGGAAACAUGUAAAUUUGGCAAACUAUCAAAUGCAACGGAAACAGAUAAACCUGUCAAACUAUCGAUUGCAACGGAAACAGGUAAACUUGUCAAACUAUCAAAUGCAACGGAAACAGAUAAACCUGUCAAACUAUCGAUUGCAACGGAAACAUGUAAAUUUGGCAAACUAUCGAAUGCAACGGAAAUAGAUAAACCUGUCAAAUACAACGGAAACAUAUGUGUUGGAAUAAUCAAUUCGAUAAUCAUAUGUUUAAAUACUUACUGCUUAAACAUUUGCGUAAUGUCAAUUUGUUGAUUACUAGACUUUGGAUAAAUUGAAUAAGUCCUCCGUUACUCUAGUUACAUUCACUACAGGUCCAUCCAUAGGCAAAGGGUCUUAAUAUCGGCUUAAUCAAGGUACUUCCAGACAUGAGUGUUGACACAGCGGUGAUUAAAGGCUUAUAAUGCCCUUGUUGAUAAUGUGGCUGUCACAAUUUUUGUUUUGUUUUGAACAGGUUAUAUAUCAAUAACUUGUUAAAUCUUAUGUUUGAUAAUUGUUUUCUCCAAUAUAUGUCAAAGGUUUGAAUAUUGACUGACAUGGUAGAAAGUUUUAUUGAACCCACUGUUUUUGAUAAUUUCCCUUUGUGACUCAUAUGCAAUGUGGCACCACAUAAUUAUGCAUAGCAUCUAUGUAGACGCAUCAGUUCAUCAGUUUUUAACAUGAAAUUUAAAACCAUAUCGAACUUUAAAGAUGAAAAGAAAAGCAAAGAAUAUAGAAUUCGAAUAUAAUUUUUUCUCAACGCACGAAAAUUAUGCAACGUCAUAAGUAUUUCAUAAUACCGGAAGAAAUCUACCCUCUGACCCGUAUCAACAACUGGUUUCUGCCUUUGAUAACGUCACAUCCAUAACAUGACUGUUGGCGAAUAAUAUUAUUUGAGAUGUUAUGAAAGUCUGCCUCAAAACAUCUACACCACGAAUUUUCUUGUUGAAUUCUAUGAUAAACUCUCCGAGAAUUUAACUGUUACAAAGGAUAGGUAUAUAUUUGUGAAUAGAUGGAGGUCGAAUAACAUUGUACAAAAUACAUGAUAUAUUUUUACAUUAACGUAAAAAUUAAUUGAGGCAAUGUAAUCAUAUAUAGAAAAUUUACCGAUGAAUAUUAUGACAAUCUUAUACAAAUGUUUACAAAUGUAAUGUCGUGUCAUUUAUUUUAAAUGUUGAUAAUCAUUUAAAUGUAGAAUAAAGAAAAUGAUAUUCAUCAACAAAUACUACUUCUUGGAAUAUGUAUUCUGUAAAUUAAACACUAUAUACAAACCGAAAUGAAGUAGUGACUACCAGAAUUAUAGCGUUAGCUGGUUUAUCUAAUUUCGAUGUUUUAAUGUUGGUUCUUUUUUU